CUCUUUUUCUUCUUCUUCUUCUCCUCCUUCUAGUCUUCUCUUCGAUCAUUCUAUAAACAAGAAAAAGAAUGGAAGUUCAUCGAUGUCGUUUUGUAGAAUAUCAACCAGCCACCAUUAAUACGAUGGAUUUUACUCCAGCAUCUGUCAAACAUACACAACUGGCAGUAGGACGUGCUAAUGGGGAUAUUGAAUUAUGGGAUCCGCGCUGGAAUUAUCGUUUAGAAAAGGUCAUUCCUGGUGGUCAUGGUCAAUCUGUAGAAAGUCUUGUAUGGGCACAUCAAUCAAUACUUGUAUCAACUGAUACUUACGACGAUCCCAAAGAAAUGGAAGACGCUUUGAAACAACAACUUGCUCAACCUCCACGUUUAUUUUCAUCAAGUUUGAAUCCUUAUAUUGUUGAAUGGGAUCCUGUCACUUUAACAGCAAAGAAAACGGUGGAUUCAAAUGGUGGUUCUGUAUGGUGUUUGGCAGUGAAUAGUAAUGGUACUCGAUUGGCAGCUGGUUGUGAAGAUGGUUGUAUUCGCUUAUUUGAUAUUUCUGAUGAUCAAUUGGAAUAUAUUCGAAGCUUUGAAUCUCAAAAAGGCCGUAUUUUAUCAAUCUCUUGGGGACCUGAUGAUAGUUACAUUGUUACUGGUGGUUCUGAUAGUAGUGUUCGCAAAUGGAAUGUUCAACACGGUCGUACUACUCAUCGAAUGACAGUUGAUAAAAAAAACAAAGAAGCCACUAUGGUUUGGAGUGUAGUAGCCACAAAGCACAACACAAUUAUUUCUGGUGAUUCAUUGGGACAUUUGAUGUUUUGGGAUUCUGAACUUGGUACAAUGAAGCAAUCGAUCAAGGCACAUGCUGCUGAUAUCCUUUCUGUAGUUGUUUCUCGUGAUGGCAAUAUGGUGUUUUCUUCUGGUGUAGAUCGUAAGCUUCUCUCUUGUAAACGGGUACAAUCUCAAAAAGACAAAAAGAAAACUGCUCCUGGUACCUGGACAACAGUUGGAAAUCGUAGAUAUCAUUAUCAUGAUGUACGUACUUUGGCUUUGGAUGAAAGACCUGGAAUCAAUUCUAUUGUCUCUGGUGGUGUAGAUUGUGAAUUAGUCGUAUCUCCAGCUAUGGAAUUCCCCCGUUUGAUUCAAAACCGUUUACCGCCUUUUGCUCGUAAAUAUUUGGUGUCUAUCUCAAAAUCUCAUAAAUUGGUGAUGGCUCAAAUAUUUGAUACUAUUUCCAUUUGGAGGUUAGGACAAGCUGGACCUCUUGAUCUCGAUACAAAAGGCUCUAUUCCCGAUAUGUAUGUACCUCAUAAAUUUUUAGCAAAACUACAACUCAAGGAUGACUGUUAUAUCACUUCUGCUGCCUUAUCUGAAAAUGCUCAAUGGAUUGCUGCUUGUGAUGUGGAAAAUGUUCGACUAUUCAGCUUACAACAUCAAGAUGAAGAAUCUGGUCAACUGACAGUAAAGAAAAUGCGUAGCUUUGAACUCUCUCUUGCAGCUUACUUGGCAAAGAACAACCUAGCUCUUGGCGCUCAUCAUGUGGUAUUUACCCCAAGCUCUGAUAAACUGAUUGUGGUUACCGUAGAAUCCAAGAUUCUUGUUAUUGAUCUAUCCCAUUGGGAUCAAGGUGAAUUUGAAGUUUUGGCUGAAUUUGGACAACAUACUCCAGAUGCUCAUUCUCAACACUCUACUGGUACAGUCAUCAAUAUUGCAGUUAGUGAAGAUGGACAAUGGCUUGCGACAGGAGAUGAUCAUGGUAAUACAUAUGUUUUCAGUUUAGAUAGUUUAAAGCGUCACUUCACUGUCCCAAGAAUGUCAUUCCCUCAAACAACAUUAUCUUUCAACGCUUUUCGACCCAACGAACUACUUGUAGCCUAUGCAAAUAAUACCUUCCGUAUCUAUGAUGUCGAACAUAAAUGUCAAACAAGCUGGUCUAAAAAACAUAUGGAUCAACAGGAUUCAUUAUUGGCUCGUCAACGGGAUCGAAUUCGAGGUGUGAUAUAUAAUCCUGCCAACAAGAAUGAUAUUGUAUUAUAUGGUAGUCAAUUUAUGGCCAAGGUGGAUAUGUCAACAAGUUCCAAAGGAAAGAAAGGCAAUCAACACAAACGAAAGGCGGAUCAAGUGGAUUCAAACAACAAUGCUCCUAUUGUCAAUGAAAAACAACGCUCUUCACUGGAUGUUUCUCUUACUGUAUCGUAUCAACAAAUCUUACAUUGUGACUUUAUUGACAAGAAUUCUAUGGUCAUGGUGGAACGACGCAAAGAAAGUGUUUUGGAAAACCUUCCUCCUUCUUUUUACCAUGCUCGUUUCAACAAGUAGACGUACUCUAUUUAGAUCUUAUUAUUGUAUAUUUUAUUAUCAUCAUCAUCAUCACAUCAUUGCAUUCAUCCCCUACUCACACACCUUUUUCUUAUUUUUUUUAUGCAACUACAUUCCCCAAUUAUUUUGUUACUUUUUUUUUUUGCCAUUUUUACUGUCUACAUAUCUAGAAAACAACCCACAUUUGAUA